AUGGAAGAAGCAAAUCAAACUGGGGUGAUCCUCUUCCACUUCCGCCCCUUCUCCAAACUCCCUGAGGUGCAGAUGUUGAUUUUUGUGGUCCUUCUCGUCAUGUACCUCAUCAGCAUCAGUGGAAACAGCUCCAUUUUCCUUACCAUUUGGAUCAAUCCGUGUCUCCACACCCCCAUGUAUUUCUUCCUGGCAAACUUAGCAGCUCUGGAGAUCUUCUACUCAUCAACCAUCGCCCCUCUGACUCUGGCCAGUGUCCUCUCUACAGACAGGACACUCAUCUCCCUGCCAGGAUGUGGUACCCAGAUGUUCUUUUUCAUCUUUCUGGGCAGUGCUGACUGUAUCAUGCUGGCGGUCAUGGCAUAUGACCGGUUUGUGGCCAUCUGUCACCCUUUGCACUAUACGCUCAUCAUGAGCUGGCGCGUGUGUGUCCAGCUGGCCCUGGGGUCCUUGUUGCUGGGGUUUGUCUUGGCCAUGCAGCUGACUGUGCUUAUCUUCCAACUCCCUUUCUGCAGCAGCAAAGAAAUCAGCUUGUUCUACUGCGAUGUCCUCCCCGUCAUGAGAAUGGCCUGUGCCGACACCCAUGUCCACGAGGCCACUCUGUUUGUGGUCAGUGUCAUUGUCCUCACCAUCCCCUUCCUUCUCAUCACCCUCUCCUAUGUCUUGAUUGGGGCUGCUAUCCUGAAGAUCCGCUCAGCUGAGGGGAGGCACAGGGCCUUCUCCACCUGCUCCUCCCACCUGACUGUGGUCCUCCUUCAGUACGGAUGCACAAGCCUCAUCUACUUGUGUCCCAGCUCCAGUUACUCUCCUGAGAGGGGCCAAGUCGUGUCUGUGGUUUACACAUUCAUCACCCCAAUGCUAAACCCCUUGAUCUACAGCAUGAGGAACAGAGACCUGAAGGAUUCUUUGAAGAAAGCAAUACUGAGGCUCCUUCUGCUCUAA